CUCCAAUGAUCUGGAUCCCACACCAACUAGUUGGAUCUUUACUUGGGAGCAACGUUACUUUGGAAUGUCAUACUGAGGCUUUCCCUAUGUCGAUCAACUACUGGACGAAGGAAGAAGGUGAAAUGAUCGUAUCUGACCAGAAGUAUGUUACAGAGACGCACGAGGAGACCUACAAAGUCCACAUGCAGCUGGUCAUCUUGUCUGUGACCCCCGACGACUAUGGAAGUUACCGAUGUUUCGCUAAGAACUCUCUAGGGUCAACAGAAGGGUCAAUUAGGCUUUACGAAGUCCACGAAUCGUCUGAAAAAGAAAGAAAUUUCUCGACUUCUUUAUUCCAAAACGUAAACGGUGGUCAACUGAGAAUGACCGACGAUUACAGCAGUAACAAUAAGGAGUCAGGUCUGAACUCUCUUGACCAGCAACAAAACUCGGGCACAUCGUACUACAAUUCUUCAGCUCAACUGGUGCUGAGCCUAAUAGUUUGGUUAACUUCAAUAAAUCAGAGAACCUUGAGGUGAGGAACCCCAUUUCCGCAAGUGUAAAAACCCUUGGACUUCUGUGUUACCUGUGGUAUCUUGGACCUUACAGUUUCUGCAUCAUUACCUAAGCAAACAGAGGAUUGGAAUAAAUUAUGUGUGAUUGCCAGCGACACAAAUUAGAAAAAAAUGAUGUGUUAUUAGUUGUACUGUUGAAACGCUGGAGGCAUUAUUUAAGCGAUUAUCGCUUCAUUAGUAGACACGCGGUUAACAGAUGUUUCGUUACUCAGCCCACGUAGUCAGUUUCAUAAGAUAACAGAACAGAUGUGAGACGAUUAAAGCCUUCUUUCUAAUUACACCAGUAACAGAUUUCGGCACAGUAAGGCUUAAUUCACGUUUAUCAUAAAUUGAAGAACUCUAACAAAUAUGAGGAAUAACUAAUUUCUCCGCAGAUGUCGCCACAUGUCGCUUUGGAAUAACAACAUAAAACAAGAAUGAUGAACACGUAGGUUCAAGAAGUCUUGAUAGAAAUGAAUAAAAAACUCUAUAACCGGAGCGCUUUCGAAAGGUGGACCUUUCAUUUCUUCUUCACAGUGUUUGCUCCUGAAGAAGAAAGGUCCACCUUUCGAAAGCGCUCCGGUUAUAGGUUUUUUUAUUCAUUUCUAACAUAAAACAAUAUAUUACCUUAAAAAUGGCUCUCUUAGACAGAUAUGUACGUGUGUUGUCCUAAAUAAUGUGGUGUCAAAUAUCAGUUUAAUUUUCUUUUUCUUUUGAAUGACGUAAGAUUUAAUUUGUUUUAGAGUCACUACGUACUUAUGUUAUAUAAUAGAUAAAGCUUAGAGCUAUUAUUCACUACAGUGUUAAUCGCUAUUGAGAUUGUAUGGUAAUUAAAGUUGAUAUAUAAUGUCGUUUAUUUUGUAAGUAACAAUAUUCUGAAUAAGAUCUGAGCAGCCUGUA